AUGGUCGUCCUAGACUCAGAGGAGAAAGAAAAAGUACUCACCAAAUAUAUUGAAAAGAUGAACUUUUUCAACAUAUAUCAAGAAAGAGAGAAACUCUAUAAGAUUGCUCAGAAGGAAUGAGACAUUGAGGCUGACAAAAACUUUUGUGCAGAUUUUAUUAAGCAUGGUGUAAAAAGUUCUAAAUAUAAACACAUCCCUAAUGCUAAGGAAUGUACAAUUCCUCUAGGAUCUUUGCCACACCAGAGAGCGAAUCCGACCCCGCCUCCAGGAUUCACCAUUAAAUCUUCGUCACUUCCGGGAGCGGGGAUGGGCGCAUGAGCGGAGACCUUUGUUCCGAAGUUCACGAUCCUCGGUGUUUAUGAAGGACUUAUUCACACUGUAGACAAGAAGGAGGAUUUUUAUUCAUGGCAAGUAGAUAAACAGGGGACCAAUGGUACUUACAACAUAGAUGCAGAAGAUCCGGCCUGUAGUAACUGGUUACGAUUCGUUAAUUCUCCCGCCAAAUAUCAACAGGAAAAUGUCAUCCCUAUCACGUGCGAGGGCAUUAUCUUCUAUAUGACGUCACGUGGCGUAGAACCGGAUGAAGAGCUUCCGGUCUGGUAUGGGGAUGGAUAUGGGAGGUUUUUAGGCGUAAACCGCAUACAUCCGGUAAUUGAACAAUAUAAAGUUGAUCUCAACGGUUCUUUUGCAUUUUGUGCCAAUGUUUUGACAUUUGACGACAAUGAAAGACUCAUUUUUGAUAGCUGGAAACCUGUGACGUAUCAGAACUGGAAUCCUAACGACGAGGGUGAGACAGCAGUUGACCCAAUCUUUGGCCUCCUUUUGACUUAUCAUAACGACGGUAGGUGGCGCUGGGUGACGGAGAGAAACUACACGUACUAUACGGGAGAAGACGGACUGAAACUAUAG